AUGCCUGCCAGAUUUCCCUCCGAGAUCAAAGACGCCUCGCCGCUGGGCCAGCCCUUGAAGUUCGAGUUCAGCGGCAAGACCGCCCCCAACCGAUUCCUCAAGGCCGCCAUGACCGAGCGUCUGUCGUCGUGGGACCCGGUCAACCUGGAGAAACGGGGCGUACCGUCCCAGGAACUCAUCCGGGUCUACCAGCGCUGGGGGGAAGGCGGGUUCGGGGUGAUUCUGACGGGGAAUAUCAUGGUCGACUAUAAGAGUUUGGAAGCUCCGGGAAACCCCAUCAUUCCGCCAGGAGCCCCCUUCGAGGGAGCCCGCUUCGAGGCAUUCAAGGAACUCGCCAGCCAAGGGAAAGCUCACGGAAGUCUGAUCGUGGGCCAGGUCAGCCAUCCGGGCCGUCAAGUCGAACAGAGACUCGAGCCCAAUCCCAUCUCAGCCAGCGAUGUUCAACUGGAAGGAGAAGUCAUGGGCAUGAGAUUCGCGAAGCCCCGUGCCGCCACGCAGGAAGAUAUCAAGGACAUCAUCAACCGUUUCACCCAUGCUGCCGAGUAUCUAGCCAAGGCGGGCUACGAUGGAAUCCAACUUCAUGGUGCUCACGGCUACCUCUUGGCCCAAUUUCUCAGUCAGACGACCAACAAGAGAACCGACCAAUACGGUGGCUCUUUGCAAAACCGUGCGAGGCUCAUCCUCGAGAUCGCACAGUCCAUUCGCAAGAAGCUGCCCGCCUCGUCGGGCUUCGUGCUGGGAAUCAAGAUCAACUCUGUCGAAUUCCAGGAGGGCGGAUUCACCGCCGACGAAGCGAAAGAACUUUGCGUGCUGCUCGAGCAGAACGAGUUCGAUUUCGUGGAGCUGUCGGGUGGUACGUAUCAGUCCCUCGCAUUUGUCCACAAACGGGAGUCGACCAGGAAGAGGGAAGCUUUUUUCCUCGAGUUUGCCGAAAAGAUCGCUCCCGGGCUGAAGAAAACCAAGACGUAUGUCACCGGCGGCUUCCGAACCCUGGACGGUAUGGUCAACGCAUUGAAGACGGUCGAUGGCGUCGGACUGGGUCGACCGGCGUGCCAGGAGUUCCAUAUGGGCAAAGACCUGCUGGAGGGCAAGAUCGUCGGGGCCAUCAAUCAGAAGGUCGAUCAGGACAACUUUGGUCUCCACACCGUCAUUGCCGGCUCACAGAUGAAGCAAGUUGGGAGAGGCCAAGAGCCGAUCGACAUGUCGGUGCAAGAAAACGUCGACGCCUUCAUGAAAGAUAUGGGUGCCUGGGCUCAGAAAAUGGCUUCGGGCGACGCCAGCAACUAUGGAUACGUCGACAUCGAGUCUGCCCAAGCCAGGCCGUAUGGCACCACUGCAGCAUAG